AUGCCGCUGUUUGAUCUGUUGUUCAGUGCAAGACUGGAAGGUGUCAGGGAAUUGCUGCCUUCUGGUGAAGACUUCCGAUGGUACAUUAAGGUUAAAUGUACUAACUGCAUGGAGGAGCACGAAAACGUUGUCUAUGUAUGCGCACUAGAGCAGGAACCAAUUAAGGGUUCCAGAGGUUUAACCAACCUAAAAUUGAAAUGCAAAUUUUGUGGCCGUGAAAACUCUGCUGACAUCGUCGAGGGGAGUGUCAAGGCCUACCAUGAGGAAGAAUCGGAGAAAAUGAGGCCGAUUGUUCGUUUCGAAUGCCGUGGCCUUGAACCCCUGACCUUCUCUCCACGAGUUGGUUGGAGAGUUGUCUCCAGUUCAAACUCCGCCACUGUCUUCGAUGAUGUCGACCUGGGACAAGGGGAGUGGGCAGACUACGACGAAGCCGGUGACCAGUGCGUGGAGAUAUUCGACGUGACCUCGGAAUUCUGCAAGGUGGCGUCCGCACCUCACAAGUAA